UGUGACGUCAUGACAGUCAUUUUAGACACAAUACGCCAAUAAUGCUUAUGCCAAAGAAAGUUUUUGAUAAACUUCAGCUUGCAGAUGUACAGUUAUCGUGGAGAUUAAUUGGUGAUGAAGUUCUAAAAAGAUUCACAGGUGAAUAUGUGACCCCAGUACCCAGCUUUCAAACUUCAAAAUGUCCGUGUGGCCCUGGAUAUGUAAUUCUUUCAAAAUUCCGAUCUUUCAAGAGAUGGCUACGCAAAGAACCUCCUAGGCGUGUCUUCACGGAGUGUUUGUGGGAUUUCCAACCAUUAAGCAAUAACAAUUCUGAACAGAUGAUACCCGUAACUACUGUUUGUGAUCGUCCAGCGUCCACCUUUCGUUUUGUAGCCUCGCGUACGAGGAAGAAUAAAACAAAGACCAUUAAGAUUACAUUCCACGGCAAGAAAAUAACAGAACUGGACCUCCACAAACACAAACUCCAGAAACGGAGAGUCGCCACGCUUCUGUUUGAUGAUACUGGAUUCGAUUCUUUUUCGCUACACAUGGUGAACAAAGUCUUUUCCAUAGACCGGGGGCGGAUCGAGGUUUGGUUGGAUAACGACGUGGACUUUGUCGAUAUUCUGGACCAAAGUCCAGUUGGUUUUAAGAUGUGUCAUCUCUGGCUAGAUGAAACAAACGAGGGGGAUCGCUUCAUCGAUGGCAUUUCUAAUGUAAAGUCGAAGAAUUUCAAAGCAGCAUGGUUGAACAGAGAAAAUUAUAAACAAAUCUUACGUAAUUUUAUUCCAAACCAAAGGAAAUACGGUGGCGAGGCAGGUGAUAUAAACUGAUUUACACCCAUCCUUUCUUGGAAAUCAGACUUCAAUUUGUAAUGUUAACAAUUUUAUUCAGUAAAAAAAAACCC